UGUCCUCAGAUCCGCCUGAUUGUAUUUAUGAUCUCGCCUCGGUCGUCCAGGCGGGUUGCCGGGACCAAAGGCGCACGAAUAUAGGUUGAAGACCCCUGGUCCCCUUAGUCUGGGCCAUGUCUGACUGUUCCGCUCUGGAGGGAGACUGUUGCUGGCGGCGAAGCGGCGCGAAGGACAAGGAACACCCAAGAUACCUGAUCCCAGAGCUGUGCAAACAGUUUUACCAUUUGGGCUGGGUCACUGGGACUGGAGGAGGAAUUAGCUUGAAGCAUGGCAAUGAAAUCUACAUUGCUCCUUCAGGAGUGCAAAAGGAACGGAUUCAGCCUGAAGACAUGUUUGUUUGUGACAUCAAUGAACGUGACAUAAGCGGACCUCCACCAUAUAAGAAUCUAAGGAAAAGCCAGUGUACUCCUCUUUUUAUGAACGCUUACACUAUGAGAGGAGCAGGCGCAGUGAUUCACACCCACUCUAAAGCCGCGGUCAUGGCCACUCUUCUCUUUCCAGGACGGGAGUUUAAAAUUACACAUCAAGAGAUGAUAAAAGGAAUAAGGAAGUGUACCUCGGGAGGGUAUUAUAGAUACGAUGAUAUGUUGGUGGUACCCAUUAUCGAGAAUACACCUGAGGAGAAGGACCUCAAAGAACGAAUGGCUCGUGCAAUGAAUGAAUACCCAGACUCCUCUGCGGUACUGGUCAGACGUCAUGGAGUCUAUGUCUGGGGAGAAACGUGGGAGAAGGCUAAAACCAUGUGUGAGUGUUAUGACUAUUUGUUUGAUAUCGCCGUAUCAAUGAAGAAAGUCGGACUGGAUCCUACACAGCUUCCAGUUGGAGAAAAUGGGAUUGUAUAAGCCAAAUGGACGUUUAUAUACAGAGACAAAGCUUAUCUUAACUGUUACUUAAAUGAAACAUGAUUUUUAAAAAAUUGAACCUGCUGCCAUUAAUUUGCCACUAAAUACUGCAGAUGACCACCCUGAAUAUCUUCUGACACUGGAUGGUAUUUGCUUAAAUUCUUGUCAUUUUAAAUGACAAUGCAGUAGAAUAAAAAUUUUAUAAUGAAUGUUUCUGUUUAUUUUUAAAUUCAUAACAGCAAAAUAUUUCCCUUUAAAUUAAUUCCCCUUUUUAUAUACACUCCCAAAGAAUUCCUCUUAUUCUUCAAAGUUGCUGGUAAUAAUAGAAUUCAUUGGGAAAUUU